GCUUCCGGGUCGCUCCUUUAAUCACGGCGUAGGGUUACUGUGUUUGGAUGAGCGGAGUUUCCGACAUGGGCAGAGUAAAGGUGAACAAUCCUGUCCGUCCUUAGACUCUUGGAUGAUCAGAAAAUGUCCGGGUUUGAGGAUCAUGAAGAUUCAUUCAGACGGCACAGAGACCUCACAGACCAAACAUACGAAGAGGAGCUCCACCGUCCAGGAGAAGAACAGCAUGCUGGGAUUUUGACAGCUAACGCAAACCUGCAGGGAUCAGGUGAGUUUACUGUAAACGUGUCAGAAAGAUGAGUUUGUAACUAAUUAAGGCCACAGCUAAUAAGAUCACAACAUUUCAUAAAAUUCUUAUAGAUGAAAAGAUCACCUGGAAAAAUACAUUAAAAAAAACUACAAAGCAACAAUCUAGUGAUGGGCACGGCAGUUCUUUUACUGAAUCACUAGAAUCAGUUCACUAAAAAGAUUUGUUCAAAAGAUUCGUUCACCAAAUCACAGAAUCAUUUAGUGGGAGAAAACUACGAUUCUGACCUCCUGAACUGAUUCACAGCUGAACGGUUCAGGAUUCAGUUCAGAUCAUAGUUUCUGGGACUUGGAGACGAGAGUGUUGUCUGUGUUUCUUUGGCAAACAGGUUUGUAAAAAUGAACUUGUUUGUAAGUCAUGAUGUUUUAAGUGUACCGUCCUAUGGUAUGCUAUUUAUCAGGUCUGCUCAGUAUAUUGGGGUCAGGGAGUGAUUCGUUCACUGAAAGUUUAGAAGAAUUCAUACUGAAUAUGCACCGUUCCCUCACAAACUGCUGCAAUGAUAGGAUGCUGCGGGUUUAACGCACCACUUGUUACAUGCUGUGUCCUAUUGUAUGCAAGUUGUAUGUGGUGGCAAUUAGCAGUAAAAAAAAAAGUGUGAUUCGUUCACCAAGUGAUUCAGGCGUCGGUAAAUGUGCUCCCUUGUUCACCGGCUGCUGGCCUGGAAAUGAUGUUUUUCACUUCAGCUCAACUGAAGUGAGAAAUGAAUGAAUCACUCAAGGAAGUGAUUCGGUUGAGUAUGUUCACUUCAAAGAUUCGGUUCUUUUGAAUGAAUCGUUCGCAAAUGACACAACACUACAACAAUCUGGUCAUGAAAGUGCAACUGUCAACACUAGUUCAUAACAGAAAUACCUGCUAAGAGUUUUCCAAGUAUGAUUUUUACAUGAAUCUCACAGAUUUCCUUCAUGUGUUCACAUAUUUUAGAGUUUUCCUCUGGCGUCCAGCAGCUGUCAGUGGAAAAAGAAGAGCCUCCUGAGAAGCAGGAUUUUAACCCCACUCUGGACCAGGGAGGCAAAAAUUCCCCCCACAUUAAAGAGGAACAGGAACAACUCUGGAGCGUUCAGGAGGAGGGAGAGCAUCUUCAAGGACUAGAGGAAGAUAUCAUCAGGGUCCAAUUCCCGUUCACUCCUGUCCCUGUGAAGAGUGAAGAUGAUGAAGAAAAACCUCACUUCGAACAGAUUUAUCAAAAACAAGCUGAACAGAUUGAAAAAAGAGCAGAGAGGGAGGAGUUAAAAGGAUCAGAACCAGCCAAGAACUUCGACCCAGAAAGACAUAUACAACCAGAGAUCGAGGUCAAGAUUGACGACAACUCUGGACCUGAGACUGAUGACAGCGAUGAAUGGAGGGACACAACAGAACUUAGUUUGGGAUCAAAUAUUGAAGGAAAUAAAUCAAAGACAGCGAGGAAGUCACAUCGUUGCUCUCAGCUCAGUAAAACAUCCAAAAGAAAACAGCCUCUGACCAAAAUCCUCAAAAUUCACACAGGAGAGAGACCCUUCCACUGCACUGAGUGCGGUAAGAGAUUUACUCGUAAACAUGGUAUGGUCAGACACAUGAGAAAUCACACAAAAAAGAAACAGUACAACUGCUUCAAGUGUGGUUCAGUUUUUAACCAAAAAGGUUCCCUGACCACACACAGAAAGAUCCACUUUGAGAACAGCCCGUUUGUCUGCCUUCAGUGUGGGAAAAGAUGCAGACAAGAAUGCAGUCUGACAAUACACAUGAGAGUUCACACAGGAGAGAAACCCUUCAUCUGCUCUGAAUGUGGUAAAAGAUUAAUCUGUGAGGAUCAUCUGACAAAACACAUGAGGAUUCACACAGGAGAGAAACUCUUCAGCUGCUCUACGUGCGGAAAACAACUUUACUAUAAAAGAAAUCUGAGCAGACACAUGGCAGUUCACAGGACAGAGAAGUCGUUCAGCUGCUCUGAGUGUGGGAAGCAGUUUACCCGUAAAGAAAGUUUGACCAGACACAUGAAAAUUCACACGGAGAGGAAAAACUUUCACUGCCUCAAGUGCGGUAAAGGAUUUUCCCAUGAAGGUAAUCUGACCACGCACAUGAGAAUUCAUUUGGAAAAUAAUCCGUUCAUCUGCCCCCAGUGUGGGAAAAAGUGUACCCAAAAACGUGGUUUGAUGGAGCACAUAAGAACUCACACUGGCGAGAAACCGUUCAGCUGCUCCGAUUGUGGUAAAGGUUUUAAUCAUAAAUCCAAUCUGAUCGCCCACAUGGCGCACCAUGGAGGAGAGAAACUCUUCAGCUGCACCGAAUGUGGUAAAAGCUUUAGCUAUAAAGUAAGUCUGACACAACACAUGACGAUUCACACAGGGGAGAAACCAUUCAGCUGCUCUGAGUGCGGGAAGAGAUUUAACUUUAAAGGAAGUCUGACCCGACACAUGACGGUUCACACAGGCUGAAACCUGACCGAAAAUAUGUCUUUGUUUUUUUUAUCUUAUUUAAAUCUGAGCUGAAAGUUUAAUGUUUCUGUCUCCGUUUUUAAGUUAAAAUUCAAAGGUGUGUUGGUGUUCUACGGUACGCUUAAAUAUGGAUAUAUGAAUACCUGUUGUAUCUUGCAAAGUUCGAAGUUCAUUCAUUAAUAUCUGUGAGUAUUUUAUUGCCACUUACUACUUCACUGUUAAUGUUCAUACGAGAAUGUUGUUGAAACUGUUGAAUGUACCAAUGUUCAAACUUUUGAUGUGAAAGAUGUUCCUUAAAUGAUAAAUUAAACAAAUCACCACUUCAGUGUUCAACACGA